AUGCCACAAUCCCAACUCUCUUUAUUUGCAGCAUUAGCUGAAAAUAAUAGAUCAUCAUUUUCUCAUCAUAGGCAACUUAAAGUUAAAAAUAGCGAGCAAAGUCAAAAAAAGUUAAAAGUUUCUUUUCAAAGAAUUAAAGAAGAAUCGCAUUCUGAUACAGGUAAUGCUAGUGAAGCGCAAACUCCUCAAGAGAAUCCAAAUCAAGUCAUUCAAAAGCAAAACAACAUAUUUCUAUCUGAAUCAUUAAUAAAUGAGGCUGAAUUCCGCCCACUCAACUUUAUCGGGCAACUAAGUCGUCAAUCUUCAAAUACAGAACAAAUUCCCUUGCAAAAUAUGAAAAGAUUUGAACUAUCGCGAAAUAACUCCCUCGGUCAAGAAUACCAGCAACAACCGGAACAAAAUUCAAAUACUAAAAAUAAAAAAAUAUUUUUGAACAAAUUCUUAUUGAAAGGCGACUUCAAUGUCUUAGAAGAUAGUUCCAAGACUGAAGAUGUCUCUCUUGUAUUUGAUAAAUCCGAUGGAAAUUUUGAAAUUAGAAAAUCUUCAAACGAAGCGCAAAACGAAGAGGAAAACAGCAAUCAGCCACACUUAAAUUACAAUAAUCUUGCAUUUGAUACAGGAGAUUACUAUGGUACUAUCAAAGGUUUACCUCCAAGACUUGGAUUGGAAAUUUGUCACUCAGAUGUUGCCAAAGAACUUUAUCUUGUUGAUCCAAAUCCAAAGGAUAUUGAAUCAUUGCAUCAUCCUCGAUUAAACAUCAAAGAAAUUAAAGGAAAAACAUUAUCUGUUUCUAUUGAUCCGAAAUCAUUUGUUGAUAAUGAAGAAGAGCAUAUCUUCUUGAAAGACUUCGAAAGUCUUUCCGCCCGCAAUGGGAAAAUAAUGAUUUUGCUUGAAAUUGUUUCAGAGAACCCUCCAUUCAUAUUAAACGUUGGAAUGGCCUCCCAAUUAGUUACAUACUAUCAUAUGAGAAGUUCUGAUGACAAACCACGUUUAGAAACUGAUACUCGAAUUUCUUAUAUCGAACCAGAUCAACUAUCACCAAUGUUGGCACCUAUUCCUAAAGGAACUCCAUUCUGUACAAUUGCAAAUAACUUAUUUGAGAUUCCUGUCGCAAAACAUCCAGUAGAAAAUACAGAUUUUCUUUUAAGGAUACCCUUACAUUGCGUAGUUAGAAAGAGAAUAUGA